ACUCACAGCGGUCCGUUGAGCUCCACUUGAUAGGCGAACCUGGCAAGAGAUGACGCCGGGCACGCCGCACCAACAGGUGGAAACGACGCGGGCGGCGGAGGGGAGGGGGUGGGGGUGGUCGAAGGUGGGGGUGGGAGGCGGAAACUGGAGGCGGGGGGGGGUGGAAACCCGGGGGGCGGGGGAGAGGGCGUGGGGGGAGGGGGCGGGGGUGGGGGGGAUGGAGGGGGGGGGGGGGGGGGGGGGGGGGGGGGGGGGGGGGGGGGGCGGGGAAGGGGUGGCAGUGGCGUCGCAGGAGUAGUCGAUGGUGACGGUGCCGCGGUGGCCA